AAACACCUCGACAUACUCCGAUCGCUGGUGGGAGAGCUCAGCCGAGCCCGGGAGACGCGACUUCCGAGCGAGCCCUCUGCCAUGCGGCUUCAUUCGAAUAUGGCCUCCAGCGCGCCACUGAGGCUGGCGACGCCGUGGGCGCCCCGGUCAUCCUUUGGACCUGUGCGGGCGACAGCAGCGCUAAAACCGGCGCUCUCAGGAGCUGGCCGUCGCCAGCGCCGGCUGGCAGAUCUCUGGCCGGCGCCUGCGCACCGCAAGAUCUGCGGAGGCCCGGAUCUUCGCCUUCGCGUCGCCCAAGGGCCUAAGGCCACAGAGCCCCGCCAUGGCGGAUUUGGGCUUCCUUGUGGGUCUGCAGGGUGGCAAGGAGGACAUGGUGGUGGUGGAGCCCUGUGGAAACGAUGGAGGCCUCCGCGAGGCGGCGGAGGCUCGGAAAGCCGCGCUGCUGGCGCGGGGCUUUGCGCCGGAGGGACUGCCGGAGGUCGUGGACCUUGCCACCGCGCUGGCGCGGGGCGGCGCUUGGGCGCCCUACGGGUGCUGGCCUGCAGCUGAGCUGGGGCCUGUGCACUCCGCGCGGGGCGCGGCCUGGCUGCCGCUGCACGGCAAGCGCUGGGCGGCCGAGCGCUGCCGCGCCUGGCGGAAGGACUUUGGGCAGGAGCUCGCCGCGACCCGCAUGUUGCGGCCGCUCAGCGAAGACGCGGUCGUGUGCACCACAGAGGAGGAGGUUUUUGAUGCCAUCGCCGGCUUCAACCAAGGUGGCUGGCCUGCUGCCUUUGUGAAAGCGGAGCACGGCUGGGCGGGGCAAAGCAACCGCCGGGCCCGAGAUGGGGAGGCGCACACCGCCACGCAUUUCGGGCGCUGGGUGCGGAAGCGCCUGGGGGAGGGCCCGGUGCUCGUGGAGCCGGAAUAUGACCGUGUGCUGGACUUCUCCCUGCAGCUGGAUGUGUCGGAGGCCAAAGAUGUGUCCGUCUUCAGCAGGCACGUCUUCCGCACGGACGGCCGGGGCAACUUCCUGGGGGCGGAGCUGGGCUCGUGGGAAGAUGCCUGGGCCUCAUUGUUGGGGGAGGAAGCCGUGCCGGUGGGUGACCUCGUGACUUGGAGCGUGGCCUCGACCGUGGGGAGAGCUUUGGCGGCCGCGGGCUACGUGGGCCCCGCCGGGGUGGACGGGUUCCUCUUCCGGGCAGAGGGCAGGCUGCACCUCCACCCGGUCUGCGACGUAAACCCCCGGCAGACCAUCACACGCCUGGCGCAUCUGGUGGCCCGCCGUGCGCCAAAGGACCUGGAGGUGCAGAGUUUGCGGCUGCUGAACCGGCGCCGUGCUGAGGACUUGGCCGCCAGGCUGGGUGAGGAGGGCGUUCUGCCAGAGGAGUUGGCGGCAGAGUACGACUUGCCUUGCGCGCCUGGGCUGCGAGCGGUGCCGCUGACGCCGCUGGGCCAUGCCGGAGCCUCGCGGGGCCUCGCGGCUCUGCUGCUGGCGCGCGAGGCGCGGCCGCCGAAGCCGGCGAAGCACCAGGUCCUGCCCAGCUACGAGGAUGUGGAUCUGGAGUUCUUGGGCGACCCGAAGCAGCGCAACGAGGUGAGUCACGCGGCUCCUCACUCGGGUCGAGACGAUGGGCACGGGCGACACAUCCUUCCGCUACACCUCCAUGCAGUGCAACAGCAACUACAACAGCAACAACAACCACGGCCCGUCCCAGAUCAUCGGGAUGGGCGACUACACGGGAGAGCUGUGGGUGAUGGAGGAAGGGGGGAACAUCCCCAUGCUGGUGACGGAGCUGCUUCGGGGGUACCCGCAUUUGACCGUGGGCAAGGUCAUCUAUGGCCUGCACAACAUCCGCAACAAGUGGCUCGACCGCUGGACGCUUCGAAAAGGCGCACUUCAACCGGUGUGCGCUCCGUGACCUUUGCAGAGGCUGUGCUACGGGGAGGCUCGCUGGAGGCCAAGUUGGCGCCGCCGGUUUCGGGCGCGGAGGAGGUCCCUGCGGAGCCUGAGGACAUCGCUUGGCCCAACCGCGACGAGGAGAUCGCCAUUUGCCAAGGCCUCAAGCGGGGCGGGGACCAGCUGCCAAAGAUGUCCCAGCUGCUGGCGUCUCAGGAGGCCCGAGUGCAGGCUCUGCAGAAGUUUGCCAACCAUGAGCUGCAGGCCAUCGAGAUGUUCGCCUGGGCCCUGGCGCGCUUCCCGGAGGCCCCGAGGAGCCUGCGCCGCGGCCUGCUGCGGACCUUGCGGGAGGAGCAGCAGCACUGCCAGCUCUACCUGGACCGCGCCGCUGCCAACGGCGCAGACCCGCGGCAGCCGCUGGGCUGUGCGCCUGUGUCAGGCUACCUUUGGCAGGGCCUCGAGGCCGUGCGCGCUGCAGAGCACCCGCUGUGCGCCUUCCUGUGCGGCGUAGGCCUUACCUUUGAAGCGGCGAACCUGGACCACACACUGCGCUACCGCGACAUCUUCCGCCAGGCCGGAGAUGAGGCCAGUGCCAAGGUGCUGCAACGGGUGCACGAUGAGGAGGUGCAGCACGUGCGCCUGGCGCGGCUCUGGGUGAAGCGAUUAGCCAAGGACCUCGGGGCCAAGGGCACGGAGCUGGAGGACCUCGCUCUCUACCAGCGCUUUUGCGGUCCGCCAGCCUUUGGCCUCUGCAAGGCCCGGGGCAAGGGCUUCCCAGCCCUGGCCGCCCGGCGCAAGGCGGGGCUCUCCGAGGAGCUCAUCGCGGCGGUGAAAAGCGCCAGGAGUGAGCGCCGCGUUGCGGAGAAAUGGGCCUUGGCCACCCGCGAGUUUGGAAUCAUGGGCUGCGGUGCCAGUGCUGAGGAGACGCAGAAGAAGAAGCCCAGCCCGGAGGACCGGGUCAAGGACAAGAAGGCGGCCAAGGAUGAGAACCGGGCGUACCAGGCCCAGCUCCAGUUCCUGGAGCAUGUGCCCUUGAUGAAGCGCCUGCCCAAGGACCAGCACCCCUUGGUGGCCAGCGUGUGCGAGGGCGCGGAGUUCAAGCGAGGGGACACGGUGAUCCGCCAGGGGGAGAACGGCCAGGAGUUUUACGUGAUCCGCCAGGGGGAAGCUUCCGUGUACGUCGCGGACGACAAGACGGGGGAGAUGAAGAAGGUGGCCGGCCUCAAGGCGGGCGACUACUUCGGCGAGAAGGCGCUCCUCCGGGACGAGCCGCGCACGGCCACCAUCAAGGCGGAGUCCACGACUCUCAGCGCCUUGAAGAUCACCCGCAAGGCUUUCCAGGACCUCGGGCUGCACGAGAAGCUGCAGUUCGCCAACCGCCGCGCCGUGGGCGGCGGGGGCGGGCAGCAGCAGAAGGCGAAGACGCCAACGGCCAAGUCCCAGGAGGACAUUGCCCUGAUCACCGAAGCGUUGAGGGGCAACGAAAACCUGGCGACCAUGACCACGCUCGAUGAGGGCCGGGUGAAGGCCUUCGUUGAUGUCAUGUGGAAGGAGGAGGUCAAGGAGGGCCAGCGCAUUAUCCAGGAGGGCGACCUCAACGCGGACUACUUCUACGUGGUGGAGUCUGGCCGCUUCGAGAUCUUCGUGCAGGAGACAGAAGAGGGCGGCACCAGUGCCGAGCACGCGCUUACGCGCUCGGACAACAAGGUGCUGAACGUGGUGAGCCAGGGCGGCUCCUUCGGGGAGCUGGCGCUGCUCUACUUCGUGCCGCGGGCCGCCACGGUGCAGGCCAUCACCGACGGAGUGCUGUGGGUCAUUGACCGCAGCAACUUCAAGGACAUCCUCAUGAAGGUCUCAGACAACAAGCUGAAAGAGUAUAUCAAAUACCUCAACGAAGUUAGCAUCCUUGACACGCUGCUGGAGACCGAGAAGAAAGCCUUGGCCAAGGCCUUGGUGGAGAUGCAUUUCACCCAAGGGGAGAUGGUCGUGCAACAGGAUGAGCCCGGAAACACGUUCUACAUCAUGUACGAGGGCAACGUGGACAUCAUGAAGGAUGGGGCGACAGUUGCCAACCUUGAGGCGAGCACGAGCCGCGGCACGGCCCAGUUCUUCGGGGAGAAGGCGCUGCUCGAGAACGAGAAGCGGGGUGCGACGGUGUUGGUCAAGUCGAAGACGGCCAAGUGCCUCGUGUUGGACAGAGAGUCCUUCGACAUUCUGCUGGGCCCGCUGAGCGACAUUAUUAAGGGUCAGCGCAACAAGAAGGAUAUGGUGCCGGGACAAAGCGAGGGCGACAUUUGCCGCGGCAAGAUCAAGAGACACGACCUGCAGCGCAUCGGCCUCCUGGGCUGCGGCGGCUUCGGCACCGUAGAGCUUUGGGAGCACAAAGGCAGCGGCGACACCUAUGCCCUGAAGGGCCUGAGCAAGGGCUACAUCAUCAAGACCGGCAUGCAAGACAGCGUCAUGAAUGAGAAGAACAUCCUCAUGAUGACUAACUCAUCCUUUAUCACCAAGCUGUGGGAGACCUACAACGGCACCCAGACCUUGUACUUCCUCCUGGAGAGUUGCUUGGGCGGUGAGCUCUAUGCCACUUACAACAGGAAGGGCUUCCAUGGCAUUGAGAAGCACGCCAGAUACUACUCCGCCGGGGUGACCUUUGCUUUCGAGCACCUCCAUGCUCGGCGUAUCAUCUACCGGGACUUGAAGCCCGAGAAUCUGCUCCUCACGGAGACGGGGCACAUCAAGCUCACCGACAUGGGCCUUGCGAAGUUUGUGAUUGGCAAGACCUUCACCAGCUGCGGGACCCCGGACUACUUCGCCCCUGAGCUGAUUGCUUCCACGGGCCACACCAAUGCAGUGGAUUGGUGGACCCUGGGCGUGCUCAUCUUCGAGCUGAUGUGCGGGCAUCCGCCCUUUGAGAGCGCCUACCCCAUGCAGAUCUAUGCCAAGGUCACCAAGGGUAUUGCCAAGGUUCCCUUCCCGGCCCAGUGCAACGCUGCCUGCAAGAGCCUCAUAGAGGGCCUUCUGCAGCAGGACCCCAGCCAGCGCUUGCCUAUGAGGCCGGGAGGCAUCAAGAACCUCAUGAACCACAAAUGGUUCGCCGAGCUGGAUUGGGAGGCCAUGAGGAGCCUGUCCCUGCCAGUGCCCUACAAACCCGUGGUGAAGAACCGCCGGGAUCUGGCGAACUUCAGCGCAAGGAAGGAGGAUGCCCCAAGGCAGGGCUGGGGGCCCGAUGGAACGGAGACCCUGGUUAAGGAAGUGACGACUGUUCCAGGCUAA